AUGCGUUUCACUCUUCAGCCCCCUCUCCCCCUGAUCGCACAGGACAUCUUCUGGCGCGUGCGUGAGCGCGGCUUCCUGCUCACCGACACGGUGGAGCAGCUGCGCUGCGAGCGCUGCGCCCGCUUCCUGGCCGACCGCUUCGUCGAGGGCACCUGCCCCCUGUGCGGCUACGGGGACGCGCGUGGGGACCAGUGCGACAAGUGUGGGCGACUCAUCAACGCCGUCGAGCUCAAGAACCCGCAGUGCAAGAUCUGCAGGGACACGCCGGUGGUGCAGUCAUCCGAGCACCUCUUCCUCAACCUCCCCAAGCUGGAGUCUCCGCUGCAGUCGUGGCUGGAGGCGUCGUGGGCGGGCGGGGACUGGACGGCGAACGCGCGGCUCAUCACGCGCUCGUGGGUGCGCGAUGGCCUCAAGCCGCGCUGCAUCACCCGCGACCUCAAGUGGGGCACGCCGGUGCCCCUGCAGGGCUUCACUGACAAGGUGUUCUACGUGUGGUUUGACGCGCCCAUCGGAUACCUCUCCAUCACGGCCAACUACACACCGCACUGGGAGCGCUGGUGGAAAAACCCCGACGAGGUGACGCUCUACAACUUCAUGGCCAAGGACAACGUCCCCUUCCACAGCGUCGUCUUCCCCUGCUCGCUGAUCGCUGCCGACCAGAACUUCACGCUCGUCAACUCGCUCAUCGCCACCGAGUACCUGAACUACGAGGACGGCAAGUUCUCCAAGAGCCGCGGCGUCGGCGUGUUUGGCGACCAGGCGCGCGACACGGGCAUCCCGGCGGACGCGUGGCGCUUCUACCUGCUGCACCUGCGUCCCGAGAGCCAGGACAGCACCUUCAGCUGGGCCGACUUCCUGCUUACACACAACGCCGAGCUGCUCAACAACCUGGGCAACUUCGUGAACCGCGCCGGCGUGUUCGUGGUGAAGUUCUUCGAGGGGCGAGUGCCGCCGAUGGAGCUGACGGCGGACGACGCGCACCUCUUGGCGCUGGUGACGCGCGAGCUGCAGGCGUACACGCGCCUCCUCGACAAAGUCCGGAUACGGGACGCCCUGCGCUGCAUAUUCAACAUCUCGCGCCAUGGCAACCAGUACAUCCAGCUGCACGAGCCGUGGAAACGCGUCAAGGGCUCUGAGAGCGAGAGGUCGCGCGCCGCCACGGUGACGGCCGUGGCGGUGAACGUGGCGGCGCUGCUCUCGGUGAUGCUCGGCCCCUUCAUGCCGACGGUGGCGGGCGCCAUCCGCGAGCAGCUGCUGGCGCCGCCCGACCGCGACGUGCUGACCGACGGCUUCGCGUGCGCCCUCCCGGCGGGCCAUGCCGUGGGCACGGUGAGCCCACUGUUCCAGAAGCUGGAGAUGGCCCACAUGGACGAGCUGAAGAAGAGAUUCGCUGGCAAGCAGAACGACUCCUCCUCCUCCGUGGUUGCCAAUGGACCGGCGGCAGCCACGGUGACCGCUGUCACGGCAACCGCGUCCUCGGCAACCGCGUCCUCGGCAACCGCUGCCACGGCUGUUGCCACGGCAACCGCCGAAGACAUUCAACAACUCACGGAGGAGGUCGCCAAGCAGGGCCUGCGCGUUCGCGAGCUCAAGGCGGCCAAGGCGGACGCGGCGCUCGUCAAGGCCGAGGUGGCCACCCUCCUCGAGCUCAAGCGGCGCCUCGGCCCGCUCGGGGUCACCGAUGGCGCUGCCGCCGCCGCCGCCGCCGGCAAGGCCAAGGGCGGCCGCAAGAAGCGGUAACCGCGCGGCGGUGGCGGUGCAGGCGUUAACCGGGGACGACGCGACCACGGCAACGACGGCGACUGUGGGAGCGGUACCCGGAGAACUGCCCCUUCGGUGGUGGAGAAGAGACGGACUGAUGCGGUACGGAAGGAUGUGGAGCCGAGUGGACUUGCCGAAGACUGGUACCAGCGGUGUCAAGAUUGGCUUCUGUGGAGGAGGCUCGUGCAGGACGCUACUGGGCGGUGCCAGGCUAGGUUCACCUUGAGGCUACUGGUAAGUUGGGAGGCAGUUGCCUUUCAACAACAACGGAGGGCAGAGAGAACGCUGGCGGCUAAACCACAGCGAGUUGGCACAGUGGGGGGCACAGGUGGUGCAUCUGCCAGUCAUUUCGGUCAACCCGUGGCACCUGGGUCUGUCCCGUGACCUCCUGUCAGUGAUCCAACACUUCACGUGGCCUCAACGUGCACGUGUCCUGGCACAGGCACCGCGAAUGGCAGGGGUAUUGGUGGCGGGAUUAUAAAGUAAUUUAAUUACUAGAAAACACUCCGUGUGAGCGAUGUGAAAACCCGAUAACCGCAUUAGUUCACCAACGGGGCACUGGCCAGCGUGGUGAGAGCGUCAGCCGGCGGUGGACACGCGCAAGGGGUCGAUCUAUUUUUUUUCAUAAGACAAAGAGCCUCCCCUCCUGUGUCGCCUUCAAGCUGUUGGAGCAAGCGCUGUUUAGUGGGCAGACAGAACAACGCCCCCGACAUUCAAGCAAAGCCACGCAGAGUGAAUUUUAAACUGUGCGAUUUUUAUUUCGGGUUUACACCACUGAAGCGCCACCACGUGAAGCCGUGCGUGUUGAUGUCGCGGACACAGCCUCCUCCCCCCCCCCCCUUGGCUCAUCUUACCUCCUGCCUCCUCUCUCUCUCUCGCGUCAGCACAGCUCACAAACGUCUCAACCUCCAAACGUCUUUGCAGAAUCAAAACAUGGGUAUUCAUAAAUGCAAUAUGUGACUAAUGAACUAAGGUCCUGCAAUGAAUCUA